AUAUAACCUCGUGCAAUCCCAUUCUCAUCUCAUCAACACAAGCAAAGCAUCAGGAAGAAGCAUCACGAAGAAGCAUUUGCUCCGAUUGUUUCAGUACUCCAAGUCCAGUAGUCCACUAGGCAGCAAGAAGGAGAAGAGAUGGCCGGCGCAGCAAAGGCGUCUUGGAUGGUGGCGAUGAGCGUCGGCGCCGUGGAGGCGCUCAAGGACCAGGCCGGACUCUGUCGCUGGAACUACGCCCUCAGGUCCAUCCACAGGGCCGCCAAGGCCAAGGCCAGCGCCCGCGCCGCCGUCUCGCAGGGCAAGAAGCAGCUUCCUUCCUCCGCGGCGGCGGUUGCGGAGAAACGGCGAGCGGAGAAGGCCGAGGAGGGGCUGAGGACCGUCAUGUACCUCAGCUGCUGGGGUCCCAAUUAGUUGCUGCAACUAUUAGCUAGCUAGGCGUGUGUUUGUGCUUGCUGCAACAAUCAUGGCCUGAAACCCAGCUGGUUGCUCCGCCAUUGACCACUGUAAUAUACCACCAUGAUGAUGAUGAAAACUUCGGCCACUAAGUUUAUAUUACCCUCCUUCCCCAUUUGCCUUCUGAGUACGGAUUGUUUUGAAUUGGUUGCAAGUAUUUUGUGUGGUUCGAUCUGCUGUGCAACGAUACCGUGGAGAGUAUGUUAUGAGA